GUUAGGGUUUCCGCUCUCUCUCAAUCGAUUUGGGGGUUCUUUUUUUCGAUUUCUAGUUUUGAUUUUGCUUCUUUUUGGAGAUCGAAAGGGAAAAUGGCUGAUGAAGGUGCUAGGAAAUCGGGGACUGUGAAGUGGUUUAAUGAUACCAAGGGUUUUGGUUUCAUUACUCCCGAUGAUGGCGGCGAAGAUCUGUUUGUUCAUCAGUCGUCGAUUAGGGCUGAAGGAUUUCGGAGUUUAGGAGAUGGAGAGACGGUGGAGUAUGUGAUUGAGAACGGAUCUGAUGGAAGGACUAAGGCUGUUGAUGUUACUGGACCGGAGGAGGGGCCGGUUCAGGGGAGUACUCGUGGCGGCGGCGGAGGCGGCGGUGGACGUGGAGGUGGUGAUCGAUACGGAGGUGGUGGUGGUGGUGAUCGAUACGGAGGUGGAGAUCGGUACGGAGGUGGUGGUUAUAACAGUGGAGGAGGACGUGGAGGUCGUGGAGGCGGUGGAUAUGGCGGAGGAGGUGGCGGUAACGCUUGUUUCAAGUGCGGCGAGUCUGGACAUAUGGCUAGGGACUGUUACCAAGGAGGUGGAGGCGGUGGAGGUGGAUAUGGCGGUGGACGUGGAGGCGGUGGAGGUAGCUAUGGCGGUGGUCGCGGUGGUGGAGGCGGCGGCGGCGGCUGCUACAACUGUGGGGAGGAUGGACAUUUUGCUCGUGAAUGCCCUACCGGCAGCAACCGUUGAUCGGAAACUGAAUCUGGUGGAGGAGGUAAAGGUCCGAUGUGUUUUGACAUUUACGGUUUACCUUCCCUUUUGUGCUUACUUUUUUAAUUUCUUGUUGUCUGUGUUGAUGAAUCAAUGCUUGAACCAUUUUGCAAAAAUGUUCAGUUAUUUUAUAAGAUAAUUUUGCUGGGUUUUUGGUGCUUGAUGUUCUCGAUUGUUGAUUAAGAUUGGGGUUUCUUUGAAAAGGAUCGAUUAGGGUUUCUUUUGGAAAGAAUUGAUUCAGGGUUUGUGGAUGAUGGUACUUGUUGUAUCUUGAUUUGAAUCAUAGGGUUGGUUUCUUUUAAUGAAUCUGGCUUG